AUGGCGGAGGCUGCGGUGGCCCCCGGUGGUGGCGGAGCAGCGGCAGCGACAGCCGCGGCAGCUGGAGCAACGGCUGUCGCGGCCCCCAGCCCCUCCGCCGCCGCCGCCGCUGCCACCAUCUCCGCCGCCACCGCCACGGCCCCCAGCCUCCCCACAGCCGAGCCUCAGCCGCCGCCGGCCGGAGCCGGAGGGGGAAGCAGCGGCGGUUGGACUAAGCAAGUCGCCUGCAGGUAACGUGCAGAGGCAGUGGCGGGUGAUGGCGCCAGUGCCCCCCCCCCCCUCCCGUCCCCAACCGCCCUCGGAGCCCCGCUCGUGCUCCUCGGACCUUCGAGCCCCCCCUGCCACCCUCGGGUCCUUUAUCCUCCACUGGCAGAACAAGCGCGCCCCGAUCCUGGCCAGGGUCCUUCCUUCUUCCGAAGCAGAAACGGGGGUCGGUGUGAUGGUGGUGUGUGUGUGUGUGUGUCGGUAUGUCACCAUUGUUGCCCACUGCCCCCGUCUGUCUCUUAUCUUCUUUUUUGAGAAGCCGGGUAGGUUUCUUGUCACGUGUCCUCCGAGAUGUUUGGGUUUUGGGUUUUUUCCCGGCUCCUCCGCCGCUAGUCCUCCAUGCGCCCUUUGUAAAAUGCUGCCUGGAUCCUUUGUUUACUACUCGCUCCUCAUCCAUCCUAAGUACUAUUAGUUUUCAUUUUCCUAGACGCAGAUCUCUCUCUCUCUGCCCCCCCCCCCAUAUGAUGACAGCAAUGUAUUCCUCCGUGUGCUUCCCAAUUAACACCCAACGCAACCAUUUCUGCUCCCCGGGUUCACUUCACUUGCUUGUUCCCCUCGGUGAUGCUCGCCUGUGACUAAAGGUGGCACUGAUCUGUAUGUACACGUAAGCCUUCUGAGUCCUGCUUAACUGCAGACUGAUAACUUAAGAUGUGUAUGUGGGAGCAAAAUGAAAAGGAUUCUCUGGCAGCAGUGUUUGAAGUCCUAGGCUGAAACAAACUUAGAUUGUAGUCCUUUACUAGGGAGUUGCUUUGAAGUAAACUUAAUUAGGGCUACACUGCAUGGCUUCUGGUUUGAUCUACUGUAAUUCUUUGCUAGAUUCGGUUAUUUAAUUCCUCAGCAGUGGUCUGGGAUGGAAGUGUAUUUCGUUGCAUAGGCCCUGAGCCCCUUUUACAGCUGCUGAGACAUUAGAACAGCCUUCCCCAACAUUGGACAUUUCAGAGGUUGUUUGAUUGCAACUCCCUUCAGCCCAAGCCAGCAUAAUUAAUGGUCAGGGAUGAUGCUAAUUGUAGCCCCACAAUUUGUGUAGGCACCUUGUUGGGAUAGCAAGUUUUAGAAUAAAUAUAGGGCAUUGUAAAUAAGUAGGAAGCACACACGUUUGGGCAAACAUGGGGCAUUGCAUACAAACCCCAUGUGUUUUAUUAGUACAGGAUAUUUUUCUUGUUCAUGUGUUUUGGAAACAGUUUUCUCAUGAGUGAAGCUGGAUAAAAUUUUCCCAUCCCAUUUGGGAGGGAUUCAAGUUGACCAUCUCUAAUCAGAUCAAGUAAGUGAGAUCACUGUUUUAAUUCUUAAUGCUGUGUUCUGUGCCAGAUGCUGUAGUGAACACAUAGAAGUGGCAUAGUUCUUGUCCAGAGGUCUUCGUUUUGUUUCUGGUCACUUUACAGGUCCUAACAUAAAUAAUUCUCAAAACAAUGAAUUUUGUGAGUUUUGAACUUGAGUGGCUUCUGUAAAUUUGUAGAACUUGAAUUUUAGCAUUAUUCUCAGUUCUGUUCCAAGGUAAUGUUGAGUGCUUUCUGAGUUCCAGCUCUUCCUUUACCUUGAAACUACUCUAUCCUGGUCUGUUCUCUUUUGCAAAUGGAAGAGUACUGUAGUUAUAAUAGUGAUAGCUGUAGAUAUAAUUAUUUAAGUGGCAUGCUUAGAAAUAAAUGUGUGGGACAGUAGAAAUGGCUUUGGUACUUUCAGUCCUUGAAUUAAGUCUAGCGUUCAGGUUUUGGUUAUCCAAAGAGGUAUCUGUGUAAUCUUGGACAUACCUAAUUGUUUGUGUGUGUUUGUGUGUGGCCUCACAUUGCACCUUUAUAGAGUUGUGUAGGCAAUUGAAAUAGGUCUUUGUUCCCCAAGGAUUAUACAAUCUAAAAUAGAGGGGGAAAGCAGUGGGGAAAUGUGGACAGAUACCAUUAAUCCAUCUGUAUAAACAAAGAGGUACCCUAAGAGGUACAUGGAGCUUGUAAAACACAUUGACAUCUUUGGGUAAUGAGCACUGUGUAUGAUGUAGUGAAAUGUGUGACAGGACAACGCUGAUGGCUUCCAAGUUUUCAAGGGCUAGAUUAAAAAAAUCGAUCAUAGCCAGUGUGGUGUAGUGGUUAAGAGCAGUAGACUCAUAAUCUGGGGAACCGGGUUCGCAUCUCCGCUCCUCCACAUGCAGCUGCUGGGUGACCUUGGGCUAGUCACACUUCUCUGAAGUCUCUCAGCCUCACUCACCUCACAGAGUGUUUGUUGUGGGGGAGGAAGGGAAAGGAGAAUGUUAGCCGCUUUGAGACUCUUUCGGGUAGUGAUAAAGCGGGAUAUCAAAUCCAAACUCUUCUUCUCUUCUUUAAGUAGAGUACAAAGAAAAACAACAGAUACUGAGCCUGUCGUGUUUCCCUUAAUUAUUUGCAAUUGAAUCAUAAUAUUUUGUUGUUGGAGAUGUAUCAUAACACCAUACCUAUAUCUUAAAUUAUUUUCAUGCAGUGCAAGUUCCUGAGGUUCACAGUUGUCCUCAAGUUAUCUAAGAAAAUGCCUACAGGUGCACAGGAGGCAUGAAUGUAGUUGCCAUCUCCCAAAGUGGGUGUAUUUAGUACCCACUGCACCAUCUUCCAGUCAGUGAAGUAUGAGAUCUCAUCUUUUGUUCCCUAUAGAAGGGAACAAGAUUGAGUCCUCAUUAUUUGAAAAUGGCUUUCUUUCCCUGGGUCCUUUCAUUUGCAGUCCUUUAGAUCAUUCUUGGACCAAUGUAACUUGGACUUCCUUCUUGCCUACCUAUCGGUCAGAUUGUUCUCAGUCAAACCUAAGAAUUACCCAGUUAUUGUUUUCCUCGCUAUAUUAGGGCUUAUUGGAAGUUUUUAUGAUUAUCUUCUUGUUGCAGGAAAUCUAGGGCAGUUUGAGAGAUGUAACCUGUAGCGUCUGAGAACAUAAGGGAACAGAGACAAGAGAUUGCCUGGGAAGUGCAGAACUUUGGAGAGCAGGGUAGAAAAGUGGAUAGGAAACAAUUUCUAGUUAAUACAGUGGUACCUCGGGUUACAGACGCUUCAGGUUACAGACGCUUCAGGUUACAGACUCCACUAACCCAGAAGUAGUACCUCGGGUUAAGAACUUUGCUUCAGAAUGAGAACAGAAAUCGUGCAGCAGCGGCACGGCAGCAGCAGGAGGCCCCAUUAGCUAAAGUGGUGCUUCAGGUUAAAAACAGUUUCAGAUUAAGAACGGACCUCCAGAACCAAUUAAAUACUUAACCCGAGGUACCACUGUAUACGUUCUUGCUACAUAUUUAUGUAAGUUAGAGGGUGUCAGUCUAUCUGUUAAUAUAAUUAUGCUUUUGAACUGCUGCUCUGGUGGUUUACGUCCACAACUAGCGAAUAACAACAAUCAGUGUGCUUUUGUCCAUCCAGAGGACUUUGUUGCAUGGGUGGUAUAUACAUAUUUAAAAUAAAAUAAUUAUUAUAGGAAGGCCAUCUGGAAAUUAGCAUCCAUGUAAGAUGAUGAUAUGGAAGUGUCUCCUUAAUUUGAAAAAAUAGUAAACAGUAUUAUGAUUGUAUGCAGACUGUCACAGAAGAUGCAAGGCUUUAAUUGAUCUUGUACCUGCUCCAAACACCUUUCAUCAGUGAUGCAUAGAAAUAAAAGAUCAUCCUGCUGCUGAAAUAUGUAGUUCAGAAAACUUCAUAGUCCUCUCUUCUAUUUAUGCAUUCUAUUUAUGACCCGUGAACAAAAGCCCAUAGUGUUGUUUGUUGCAGAGCAAAUGGGGCACAGUUCUUUAGAGUAGGUAACAAUGCAGUCUUUCCUCUUCUGGGGCCUCAUAGCAAAGAUAUUCUCAGUCAUUUGUGCUUUUCUUAAUUCUGAAGAGUGAACAGUUGAGUGACAGUCAUGUUAUCUAAAAUAGCAACAGCUAAUUAAAGGGUGUGGGUACUGUAGAAUCCACUUGAUAUCACUCGUAAACUCUUCAAACCUGCCAAUUUUAAAAAGAGAAUAUCAGGCAGAAUGUGUGCUAUUUAUUUACUUUGGAAAAACGACUUCACAUAAUGAACAGAAUGGGUUAAGCAAAUACAGAGAGGAUGAGAGACAGGUUAAUUAGGGUAUACAGCCUUAGGCUGAGGAUGUUCCAAACUAUGAAAUUGCUAAAAACUUCAGGCUUGGCUAUAUUAUGGGUUCAUUCCAGGUUAUUACUAAAUUGAAUUGGAUUUACCCAGCUGGCUGAAAGCAUCUUUUCUGAAUACAUGAUCAAAUUUUGCAUGGGGGUGUUGAAGUGAAAAUCGUGCAGAUUAUAUGGUAUUGCAUAGACGACACAGUUUUAAGAGAUUCAAUAAUGAAUUUGAUAGUGAUAUUGUUGACCUAGGUGGUCGGUCUUUGUGUUGUUUAUUCCUGAUAUAAAUUGGUGCCAAAUUGCAGUACAGGCAACUUCCCACUUACACGGGGGUUACAUUCUGGGCCCCUGUAUGCAUAAGUGAAAUGCACAUAAGUGAGGAGAACCCUGGAGAGUCCUUGUGGCUUGUAAGGAGACCCUCCUCAGAGCCUGAAGAGGACAUUCUUCAGGGAGGGUCUACUUGCAAGCCGGAGGUACAACAGGGCUUUGUUGAGGCUGCUCAGUCUCCCUGCUGCACAACUGACAUGCAGGGUAGCACAGCAGCAGCCGCUACCACUGCUGCUUUCCCGCAUGUCAGCUGAGCAGCCUGCAGCUCGCAAGGAGACCCUUCCCGCAGCCCGAAGAGGAUGUCCUUGUGAGCUACCCACUGGGUUCCUAGUGCUGCACUCAAGUGGGGAGUUGUAUGUACUGUGCUUAAUAGGAUACCAGGGUACUCCAGUAUAUAUGAAGGUGGUAUUGAAGUACCUAAAUUUAGAAAAAGCUAUAGAGGUAUUUUAAUAUUGAGUUGCACACUGUAUCGGUGUUUCUCACACCUGCUACUUCAAGCACUAACACGUUUCUUACUGAUGCCAAAAUGUACUCUUAAGUAAGGCAUCUGGCUGUUUGUAUGGGUUUAGGGCUUCAAUUUACCUUCUAGAAUGUGAGAUAGAUCCAGGUGCUCUAUAAAAGAAUGACUACUACGGCUCCAGCUCCAUUGUGAAAUGAAUGAUGCCUUUUUAUAUUUGGGAAACGAGAUGCUGUCCAAUUUACAAACAGUUAUAAAUGAUUAACCCUCCUUGCAGUACCGCACAAUGCGCUUCCAUGGCUCUUUUAAGACCAUAAGAAGUGCCUGUUGGAUCAGGCCAAUGACCCAUCUAGUCCAGCAUCCUGUUCUUUUGGUGGCCAGUCAGGUGCCCGUGGGAAUCCCACCAGCCGGACCCAAGAACAAGAGCAUGCUCCCUUGAUGCAGUUUCCAGAAACUGGUGUUCAGAAGCAUACAGCUUCCAACUGUGGAGUUAGAGCAUAGCCAUUGUGACUAUUAGCCAUUGAUAGCCUUAUCUUCCAUGCAUUAUCUAAUUGUCUUUUAAAGGCAUCCCAAAUGGUGGCAAUUACUGUGUCUGUGGAAGUGAAUUCAGUUGUUAACUAUGUACUGAGUGAAGAAGAACUUUCUUUCAUCUGUCCUGAAUCUUGCAGCAUUCUGCUUCAUGGGAUGUCCCUGAGUUCUAGUUUUAUGGGAGAAGGAGAAAAAACCUUUUCUCUAUCCACUUUCUAUGUGCCAUUCGCGAUUCUAUACACUUCUAUCUUAUUGUCUCUUAUUCACAUUUUCUCUAAACUUCAAAGCCCCAAAUACUGCAGCCUGUCUCCAUUGGGAAGUUGCUCCAUCCCCUUGAUCAUUUAUUUUGCUUGAGCUUUUUGAACCUUUCCAACUUAACAAUAUGUUUUUGUGAGAUGAGGUGGCCAGAAUUGUACACAGUAUGUAUUCCAAAUGUGGUCGCACCAUAAAUUUGUACAAUGGCAUUAUGAUAUCAGCAGUUUUAAUGAACCCUAGCAUGGAAUUUCCUUAUUCACAACUCCCACGCAAUGGGUCAGCGUCUUCACCCCAAGCUCUCAUUCUUUGUCAGACACUCCACUAGUUCAGACCACAUGAGCAUUCUCAUUAAAUUAAGAUUUUUUUGGCCCUUUAUCUAUUGCUAUGGGACGUGGGUGGCGCUGUGGGUUAAACCGCAGAGCCUAGGACUUGCUGAUCAGAAGGUUGGCGGUUUGAAUCCCUGCGACGGGGUGAGCUCCCGUUGCUCGGUCCCUGUUCCUGCCAACCUAGCAGUUCGAAAGCACGUCAAAGUGCAAGUAGAUAAAUAAGUACCGCUCCAGCGCUGCUCUGGUUCGCCAGCAGCGGCUUAGUCAUGCUGGCCACAUGACCCGGAAGCUGUACACAGGCUCCCUCGGCCAAUAAAGCGAGAUGAGCGCCGCAACCCCAGAGUCAUCCACGACUGGACCUAACGGUCAGGGGUCCCUUUACCUUUACCUUUUUAUCUAUUGCUAAGCACUUGUUACACUGAACUGCAUUUCAUGGUCAGGUCCAGGAGCAGUAUUUUGUGUGUUCUGCUCCCCCCCCCCUUUCUCUACAUAAAUUGAACUUGCAUCUGUAUUCUAGUGGGGUGGCGGUGGCAGUUCUGUUUCACGUGUGUGUGUGUGUGCGCGCGCGCACGCGUUAGAAGCUUACUAAAUUUAGGACUGCAUUUCCAAAUUUGAAAGUAGCAGUUUGGGCAUGUGUAAGGACGAGCUUCCAAAAGAGAUUCCUACAGAAAAAUAUUUUGUCUUGAGUACACGUGAGAUACAUUCACCUCUGGACUAAAGUGGUCUGGUUCUUUUUCUCUCUGUGUGUGAACAGCUCUUUUCCACACAAAAAGGAAGGUGUAGGUCAUAUGCUGCUAGAUCAGCAUUUGCCGACCUUGUGCCCUCCACAUGUUUUGGAUGACAGAUCCUAUCAGUCCUAUGCCAAUGGGAGUUGUCUUUUAAACAUCUGGAGGGCACUGGGUUGGCAAAUGCUAUUUUUAAAAUUGAUUUAUUGAUUUUCCUCUAUCACAGUAGGUAUUUGUGGGGCACCCCUGCUGCUUUUGGCACCAUUAAUGGUGAUGUAGUUCAAACUUGGAAGGCUUAGGGUUGUAUCUAGUAUUAGGCGUACUCAGUCAUGUCCAUUAAUGGAUCUACUGUAACCUGAGUACAUUAAUUUCAGUCUGUCUACUCUGAGUAGAAAGUCUAUGUAACCAUUAUAGUCUAAGGCUGGCCAAGCUGACUGAUGCUUCCAAUUCAGUUAAACCGAUAUCUAAACCCAGUCUAGGGCACAUAGGAGACGUCAAGUUCAUUUUUCAAGUUUAUCACAUAGCAGCAUUCCUCAUGCUCUAUUGAGAGCCAGAUUAAUAGUGUAAAAUAAAACCAGGUGGUGCAAGAGGGGUAAAGGUCUAGGACUUGUAACAUUGGGGCAUUGGGUGUAUUUGAAGAAAUGUUUGUAUUUUUAAAGUCUAAUUUACUUUGAUUCUAAAAUUACUAGAAGAUGUCUGAGGAAUAUUCAGCAUGUCAGACUCUACUCUUAAGAUCGUAUGAUGACAGAAAGGCUUUAAUUCAUGAAACGCUUACUGGCUGAAAUGAGCAAAUCUUCUGUUUUUCUUCUAUUUUUAGAGGGAUAAAGCUUUUGGGGUCAUUGGGUGCCGAUAGCAUGAUUUUCAUUAGGAGAACAUUAUUUUCCUUUCCUUUAAUGAUUGGUAUCAUUUUUAUUUUUAUUUUAUUUUAUUUUUUGCUUCAGGCUAGACUUCUUCUGACAAAGAACUCACUCUUGUACUUGAAGCUUUCAUUCUAGUGUUACAGUAGUAGUGUUUUUAGUUAAAUUGUUUUUCAUCCAGUGGCAAUGGAUUUGAGUUUAAGAAAAUGCAUUGCAAAAAAAACAACAACGAGGGUAUGAAAUGCUGAAAGCAGUUGAAGGCACAACUUAGCAUUUAAUAAACAAAAGCUGUUAAUUCAUUUUAGCUGGAAAACACAACUUCAACAUCUUUUUUUGUUUCCUGUUACAAUAAUAUGCUAGAAUCAAAAUGGCUUCAAUAGUAAGCAAAUGUGUUCUUAAUUUAUAGCCCCAAAUUAAAAUAUGGUGCCACCAUUAAUCAACUAAAACAGCCUUCACCAACUUGGUGCUCUUCAGAUGUUUUAGGCUAAAGCUCUUUUCAUUGGCCAUGCUGUGACUGGAGCUGAUGGGAGCUGGAGUCUAACAGCUUUUGGGGGAGGGCACCAGGUUGGUGAAGGGGGGAGCUAAAGCUUUAGGUAGCUUAAUCAUUCAGUAAACCAAUCAAAGCUUGCAGCCCUGAUUAAAACAUGAGUCCUGUUUCAUUUCCACAGAACUUCCCUUUAAGUCAACAUGCUUAGAAUGCCACCGCCCCUUUAAGUGCUUCUUCUUCUUUUUCUUGCUAUUUUUUUAAAAAAUUAAACCUUCUUUAUAAAAUAAACUCAGUGCAGCUUGCAGAAAUGUUUAUAAACAACAACAGAUGACUAAAAUCAGUUUCAUGCAGUAAAAUCAAGAGAAUGAUAAAACAGAUCAGCAUAAAAGUAGGGUUCUAGAACCUACCCAAAAGCUUGGGCAGAAUUAAAAGGCACUGUAGGAGUAUGAUCAGCGAAGCAGGCUCCAGAAAUUAGUCUGGUUGCCACAGUUUGCACAAGCUAAAUUUGCAAACAUUUUGCAGAGAAGCAUGUUACAGUGAUUUGUCUGGAUGUGGCCAGGACUUGUGGUACUGUGACCAGGGGCUCAGCUAUACAGCUGUAAAUAAAACGCUUUGAAUGUGUUGUAAAGUGCAGUAUGCAAUUGGGACACAAUUGUGAGCUUCAGCAAAAUCAAUGCAUUUUUCAAAAUGAUUUUUCAAAAAAGCAUUUUCACAACUUUUUUAACAUGUGUGUAGAUUCCACCUCUGUCUGCUUUAUUCCAGGGAAUUACCCGAAGUUGUACAAAACACUCCUUCACAGGCACCACCAGAGCAUCCAGGAACAUUUCCAAGUUGCAAACUUGGUCUUUCAAGGGGAGUGCAACCCUGUCCAGAACAGGACUGUUCAGUACUCCAGGUUCUGUUCUCCUGCUGACUGAUGGCACAUUUGUCUUGUCUGGAUUAAAUUUCAUUUUUUUAGCCCACGUAAAAAAAUAUGCUACUGCACUCAAACAAUGGUCCAAAACUUCCACUGCUUUCUUGGCAUCAAGACAAUAAACUGAAAGCCGCUAAGGGGCACACCAGAACCAACAGCUCUCCCCUGGUGUAGGUCAUCCACAAAGGCAGUUUUGGUUGCAAACUGGAACUGGGACUGUAUGCGUUUGAGAUUGGGAUAGUAAGUGAAUUAGUGCUCCAGUUGCACCCUUUGCUUAAAUAGUCCAGGUUCUUCCCAGCACUGUGGAGCAGUGCAAAAAAAGAGAACAGAUAACACCCUGUUUGCAUCCUCUUUCACAUUUUUUUGUCUGAAGACAACUGGGAUCUCUGCACUUAACUGGCAAAGAAAAUUAAAACGUUAAAAGUGGCCUUUUCCAGAGAUGAAUAAGAUGUUAAAAUAAGAAUAUAAGAUGAGCCCUGCCAGGUCAGACCAACAACCUAUAUAGUUCAGCUCCUUGUUUCCAACAGUAGCCAACUAGAUGCUUCCAGGAAGUCCAUAUUCAGGUCAUAAAGGCAACAGUCUCCCCCCACAGUUGCCCCCAAGCUACUGGUUAGGAAUUCAUUGAACACAGAGACUUUUAGGUUGCCAUAGCCAGUAGUUGCUGGUGGGUCUGUUCUUCUCCAUUAAUUUGUCUAAUCUCAUUUCAAGACCGUCUGUGUCAGCGGCUAUUACCAAAUCUUGUGGCAAUGAAUUCUAUAAAUAGUGCUUAAUCUACGGCUCAUCAAUUUUGUUGAAUGGUCUCGAGUUCUAGAAUUAUGGAAGAGGGAGAAAGGUAUCUCUCCUUACACAGUAGAGAAAUUGCAUAAUUUAAUAUUUUCAGGGACUGCCCAUUUGCCAUGAUGGCUGCUGCUCAUUGGUGUUGUGGCUUGAUCAUUUUGAUCGUCCUUCUCUGCCAUCUUUUCCAUGUCUGGUAUCUUAACGUGUUAACUCUUUUUUUAUUUUACUUUACAAAGUUGGGGGAGGAAAUUAUCCAGUGAAAUUUAAAGGCAGCAGGUUCAGGAUAGAAAAAAGAAAAUACUUAUUCACAUGAUGUGUAUUUGUGGAAUUUGCAGUCACAAAAUGUAGUGAUGGUCAUUGGUUUAGAUGGAUUUAAAAUGGGAUUAUAUAAAUUGAUGGAAGAAAAGGACGAGUUUAUUAAUGGCUAUUAGUACUAGUAUUAGUAUGAUGCUUUAGAACUUUUAAGAGGAUUAUUCAGCAUUGGUUUAUUAUUUAUUUGCAUCAAGCAGAAUGAAAUGCCUUUAGAACUCUUACAGGAUGUUGAUGUUUUUGCUUGAGCCAUAUUUGCAAUGCUCUGUCUUUCAGGUAUUUCAUGCAUGGCGUUUGCAAGGAGGGAGACAACUGCCGUUACUCCCAUGAUCUCUACACUAGUCAGUCUGCCAUGGUGUGCAGGUAUUUUCAGCGAGGAUGCUGUGCUUACGGAGAUCGUUGCAGGUAUAGAAAUGCUGCUGAAUGUUUUAGCCUUGAACUAACAGCCAAUUCCAUUUCUUCGUGACCAUUACCCUCAGUGACUUCCCUCCCUGUCUCUUAUAUGAUUGGGGAGGUCUCAAUCCAAUGGAUGUGAUCACCCGUGGGGCACUCACAUCUUGGACACUCUCCUUUCUACAGUUGUCAAACACCGUUGUGGAUGUAAUAAUCACCGUGCUCAUGGCUCAGCAUGAAUAAGUUUAUCACUCCCUCUUUGCUCCUCCUUCAGCAGGAGCAACAAGCCACAGUCCUUAGCUUAGCAUUACGUCGGAACUGGAAAUUGUGGUGUGGCUUCAGGUCAUAGUUUGUUUGGGACAAAACAUACCAUGAUCCUCAGUUCAGAUGUAACACUAAGCCAAGGAUUGUGGUUUGUUGCUCAGACUACAGCAGCAAUAUACUUGUUCAUGGCAAGCUAUGAGCCACUUGUCUGUAUGAGCUAAUUGGUCUGUAUGUGAAAGGUGUGGGAAGGGGAUCAUACAAAAUAUUAUGUUCUGUAAGGUGAAUGAAAUCCAUACAUAUUGGGGCACAUGAAGGUUAAAAAAAAUAGGGCUCUGAUGCAUGGAAGGUACCGUAUUUUUCGCUCUAUAAGACACACUUUUCCCCUCCUAAAAAGUAAGGGGAAAUGUGUGUGCGUCUUAUGGAGCGAAUGCAGGCGGGAAUAUUAUUUUAGUGAGAUUAGAGUACCGGUGUGGUGUAGCAAAUAGAAUAGCCUUGGGCCAGGAAGACUUUGGUUCAAAAGCUCUCCGCCCAGACCAGCUAUGAAGCUGACAGGCUGCUGUGGGCAAGUUGUGAUGAUAAAAUGUGAUGAUCCCAUGUUUGCCACCCUGUGCUCUUUGGCUGAACGAUGGGAUACACAUAUGAAAGGUGAGUUGGUUGUCAGCCAUUUGGUAACAAGUUACAUUUGUAAGUGUGCUUAAAAUGAAGCUAUUCGGAACAGGGAAGCAGACAAACUUUCUGCAACCUUGUUUUGUUUGAAAGGGACCUUGGAUCUCAUGCUUGUGCCAGAGGUACAAAAUACUUAACCUUCUCAAGCUUAACAGAUAGGCACACACUUGACAAAGAUGCUGUGGGCUCUGCAUGGCAAAAAUUUUCAGCCACAAGUUCCUCAUGUAUAGCAGCAGAAUCACUUUCCAUUCCAUAUCACGCUCCUGUUGCCAGCAAUUUCUUAGGAAAAGGUCCACAUUUAGUGCAAUGUCUAUGUAUGUCAUAAUUCUUCCUCAGGAGGAAAGUAAAAUUCUGACUUUCCUUACCAGAUACGAACAUACCAAGCCAUUGAAAAGGGAAGAAGUGACUACUGUGAGUCCAGCUAUAAAAACCUACCCUUCAGCUUCCACAGAUGUGAGCCCGUCCCCUGGAACACUUGAAGUGAGCACUGGUGAAACUGAAGUUGAAGACAAAGACCUGGCAGCCGCCGGAGCUAGGGCUGAAGAUUGGGUGAAUGCUGUGGAGUUUGUCCCUGGGCAGCCAUACUGUGGCCGUGGUAAGUGGACUUACUACAAUAGUGAUAAACGUCAGUCGUCAGCACUGAUGCUUCAUGUUCUUAUUGUCUCAUUAAGAGUAGUAUUUCAGUAAAGAACUAUAUUGAUGUGAACAUUAAUCUUUUAUGCUCGGAACAUAGGAAACUGCCUUAUAGUGAGUGGAGAAGAGCCAUAGUUUAGUGGUAGAGCAUCUUCCUUGCUUGCAGGAGGUCCGGGUUCAAACCCUGGCAUCUCCAGGCAGGGCUGCAAAUGUCCCCUGUCUGAAACCCUGGAGAGGCACAGCUAGUCACCUGGGAGCAGAGUCCACUGAAGUCAUUGACGCUUACUUCCAAGUAAACAUGGAUGCAAUCAGGCUGAGGAAGUGUGUGAUCACGCUGUAGGGAAUUUAUCUGGCAAAAUACUAGCUGCAAGGCUCUAGUAGCUAUCCAGUAUCUAUAAAAUGGGAUCAUCUCAACUUCCAGGUCCAUUUGCAAGACCUAUGAGCCCAAUGUAUUGAUUUAUGUGGUCGUGUUUUUCCUAAGCAUUCUACAAAUAACAGAGAGCUUGACAACUUCCAUUGUGCUGCUACACUUUUUGCAGCAACUAUCAAAGUUCUUAGCUAGGACUUUCUUUCCAUCAUUUGCCCUUCACUUGAUUUCUCUCCUCUUUUCUUCUCUAAGGGAAAUGGAGCAAAGGGGGGAUGGGGUUAGAGACAAAUAGAUAUAAAAAGGACACAGAACAAUCUUUCUGUCUGGAUAAGUAAUUUGCUGGUUUGCAUUGAAAAGUUAUUUUUAAAUGUCUCUGGAGAUGAAAUGAAAACUGCCCAUGAGUAUCAGUAGGGAAAUUCAAAAAAUUAACAUAUGUGGGAUUGGGCACCACUGUGUCAGCUCCACCUCCGAGAGAAGAAGAACCCUCAAGGCAGCAGCAAAGAUAAGAGUUUUUCUAAUUCAGGACUUGUUUAAUUUAAAACAUUUUAAAAAUAGUCCUCCUAAUGCAGGAUCCAAAGGAAAUGCAGUUUAUUGUCCUCAUUUGGCAGGCUGGAGGGAACUGUGGUCAGGAGAGAAAGGUUUAUGAUGGUUCUCAGAGUUUACAACAACUCUUUAGUAUUGUCCACAGGAAUUGAACCCAUUGCAGUCAGUUUGAGGGUUGCGUUGAAGCUAAUAUUGCUGCAUGCAACUGCCCUGUAAAGCUCUCCAAAGCUGUUACUGCCACAUUUCAGGUUGGGCUGAAAGGGUAAUAUACAACAGCCCAGAUGUGCAGUUCACUAAUAAUAUCCCUAUUACAGGUUGGUGAGUGUUAGUGAGACAGAGCAGCUUUCAACAGUUCUACACUAUUAAUACCUUGUGUCAGAGGUGGACUUGAAGCUGGUUUGGAUUCCCACUCAAAAUUCCCCCAGGCCUUUUGGGUUGUAGCAAUGCUGAAUCUGUUCCUCCUAUAUUUGCACUUGGAGAUUGGGUGGAUGCUGUGGAGUUUCUUCCUGGGUAACUGUCCUGUGGUGACAACAAGGGGUGGCUAAUCCCUGUCCUAUCCAGUAGACAGAGUGCUGUGGUGUCUGUAAAAAAGAAUGUAGACAGUGUCCACUCUCAUAAUGGGGAUGCCAAUCGCCCUUUCCCAGUCAUCAGAUUGAUGAGCAGGGAGGGGGCAAUAACCCCCCUCCUCAGGCUUUGUGUGUGAGUGUGGGGUAGCCAUACCCACUUCUGAAAUGUAAUCCUAAGAUUAGGCUUCCUCAAACUCGGCCCUCCAGAUGUGUUGAGACUACAAUUCCCAUCAUCCCUGACCACUGGUCCUGCUAGCUAGGGGUCAUGGGAGUUGUAGGCCAAAAACAUCUGGAGAGCCAAGUUUGAGGAAGCCUGCCUGAGAGAAAUAGUCACGGGUGAACAAUGUUCACAAGCCAAAAAAGUUAGCUGCCCUUGUGCUCUAAUGCCGCUCUGCCCCUCGGCCACAAGCUUAAGUAGCACAUUCAAGUCACAAGGAGUAGAGGCUUGGAAAAGGCUCUUUUCUUAAUUUCCUUUUAUAUUGUGUUGAUUCCUGAGUUUUCUUACUCUGUCUUGCAGCUGAUUAAAAUCUACCAUGUUUUAGCUGGCUGAAGACUCAUUUUCCUUGCCACUGGUCUGCAGAUCUUGUUGAAUGACUCCAAUCCCCAUUCCAUCCAAGUGCUUGAUUAGUAACUGCCACUCUGUUCCCAAGUACAUGACUUCCUUCUAAGAGAGUUCUGAUGAAGUCAGCAUAUAACACGAUUUUUAAAAGGGUACAGCCAGCCAGAUGUGCCUAACCCAGUAAAUGAAAUUACCAUGCACAGUACUAAACUCCUGUGCAUGACUGUCUAGCUAAACAUGAGUGUGGCCCGGACUAUAGACAUGGUGUGAGCCAGCAGCCAUUUCUGUGCUUGUAGCUGCUGGUGAAAGUGCUGUUGUGCAGCCCUGUUCAUGCUGACCUGUUUUCACAUGGCCAUGGAUCAACAGCCACAAUCAUGUGACAGAAUCAGCAUAGUGAAACAGCCCUUACUUUUCUAGGGAUCAUUGUGAUCGAGGUGCCACACGUCAGCAUUUGAUGGCUGGGAAGAGGUGGCUGCAACGUCUAGAAUGAGCUUUGUCGGCCGGUCCGCCAGUACCUGAUUCUGAGUUCUGAAGAUGGCCUUGCAGUGGCAGUCCCCAUAUUCUGUAGAAGCCACCAAAAUACACCUAGCCAUGGCAGUGCUCCAUGUGUCAGGUGUAACUUGGCAUGCCAGCUUGUGUUCAUGCAGCAUUUGUGGCCACAUGCUGGCAGACGGGGUGAGUUCCCUUACAAGGGUUUCACCUGUUGCAUAGAGCAACAAAAUGAGUUGUAACAAAAGAAGUAUAGUGGUACCUUGGCUUUCGAACGUGUCAGUUGACGAAUGUUUCGAAACUCAAACGCCUUAAACCCGGAAGCAAAUGCUUUGGUUUUUCAGAGCGCCUUGGAAGUCGAAACAGAAAUGUGGUUUCCAUAUUGAGAUUUCUGUUUUGAGGCUUCCAUUUUGAGUUUUUGGUUUUUGAACGUUUCGGAACUCAUUCUUCUAGAACGGAUUAUGUUUGAAAACAGAGGUGUACUUGGUUUGUGGUGGCCUUCAUAGUUUUGAGUUAAGUCUUUUCCGCUGCAAAAUAAUGGCAAGAUGGUAGCAGUUUUAUGUUGGGGACAAGCAGCAUCAAGGCAAGAGUCUUAACCAUCUGCAGUUGUUUUCCUUAGUUGUGCAGAUGAUUACAUGCAAACUUUAAGAGUAGCAUUCUGCAUUCUGAUGUUUUCCAGCUGCUCCAUCCUGCACUGAAACUCCCAUGCAGAGAAUGGUAAUUGAAGAGGAAUAUGAAAAACAGCACACCAACCUGGAGAUGAAGAAACAGUUAUGUCCCUAUGCCGCAGUGGGAGAAUGCCGCUAUGGAGAAAACUGUGUAUAUAUCCAUGGAGAUGUGUGUGACAUGUGUGGCUUGCAGGUCCUCCAUCCCGCUGAUGCCGCACAGAGAUCUUUGCACAUAAAGGUAAGGCGGGAAGAAUGGACAAAAUAACUAGCUGACCCCACAAAAGAUAGAACUUUUAAGCCCUUGCAAGCUUGCUUGACCCCACAAGUCCUUCAAACAAGUUGUUACAGGUCCAGACUGUUGGCUGAUGGCCUGGGUGUGCUACUAUAUGGACCUUGUUCAGAACAGCCAAAUGGUAACAGACUUUGCCCAAGAGAAUGGCUAAAAUGUGCAGUUUUCAGAAACAAUAUAUAAAGUUUAAAAAAUAAAUGUAGCAGAAUGUACCAUAAUGUUAGAUUAGGCUUCCUUCUGUCUUUGGGUUCUUUGUGAGUCUCCCCAAGGCAAGAAGGCAACCAUUCAAUCCUCCCAUGGUUUCCAGACACCUUGGCAGUUCUUACCUUCCAGCCGAGAUGGAAAGUAGAUCAAGGAACACGAUGUGAGUGAGGGGAGAUGCAUGGCACCAUGGCAUGUUUUAAAGCAGGGAUGGGAAGCUUGUAACCCUCCCAGUGUUGGACUGCAACUCCCGCUGUCCAUGACUGUUGGCCUUGUACAUAGUUGGGUCUCCCACUAUAUCUGGAGGGCACCAGGUUCCCCAUCCUUGCUUUAAGGUUCCAGCACUAGGGGCACCGUUCUCCCUCCAGCAGUGGAGGGAAAACUUAGCCUCCAAUAGCCUGUACCUUCCAUUAAUUUGUCUGAACCUGUUUCAAAGCCAUCAAGGUUGGUGGUAGUUACAACAUCUUGCAGUAGCAUAUUCCAGAAUUUAACUGUGUGUUGUAGGAAGAAGUAAUCUUGUUUAUCCUGAAUCUUCCCAUUUUUCGCUUCAUUGAGUAGCCCUGGUUUCUAGUAUUAUAAGAGGGAGAAAAACUUAUCUCCCAUAACUUUCACAGCUUGCUUAGGAUUCCUUGUAAAGAGAACCCUUUAUAUGUGAAUCCCUGGAAGAUCAUGCAUAUAUUAUAUUUUUUGAGUUUUCAAGCAGAAGAGUUUAUUGCAUUGAGUUCUCAUUGACGGGAACGAGGCAAGGUUGGUCCUCCAAACUUAACCUUGUAUUUGGAAGACGUUGUCUGUCAUUUCCUUCCUUUUUCCCUUGCAGUCUUGCAUCGAGGCUCACGAGAAGGACAUGGAGCUCUCCUUUGCCGUCCAGCGUAGCAAAGACAUGGUGUGUGGCAUCUGCAUGGAGGUGGUGUAUGAAAAAGCCAACCCCAGCGAGCGUCGCUUUGGGAUCCUCUCCAACUGCAAUCACACUUACUGUCUCAAGUGCAUCCGCAAGUGGAGGAGCGCUAAACAAUUUGAGAGCAAGAUCAUAAAGUGAGGCACUUCCCCAUGUCCGUUGUGCUUUGUUUCUUGGGAAGAUGUUAGUAUGUUGUGUGAACUUGCAACAUCGCCCCUCUUUCGUCCUAAGACUGCGUUUAAUACAUAAGUAACGUUAUUCAGAAUUGAGGGUUUUAUUGGAUAUUCUUCUGACCUUGGUACUCGUGACUGGUCAGCAAGAUCCAUUUAGUUUGAAUGUUAAGUCAUAACUUCUUUUUGUUGAAUGGUAGCAACAUGCUGUCCUAUUGGUUACCAUACAAAAUCAUUUGGGUUCAGAUGGUGAAAAGAGACCGAUCAGUUCCAAAUGUAUGUUUCCUAAACCUUCGCUCUUCUAGUUCAUUACUGAGCCAGUGACCCAUCCCUCUUUAAAGUCUGCUUGGAAAAAAUCAAACCCAAACCAAUAUGGACAUCCAAGAAAGCAAAGUUACAAAAAUAAAUUUAUUUAUAUCUAAAGAAAAAUGAGUCUGUGUGUGAAAUGUUUUUUUUUACCCCCCAUUGCUCUUAAGAAACGGACAAGCUGCAAAAUUUAGAACCUCAGGAAAUGGUGGGGUUUGGGGGUGGGGAGAGCUUUUAGGUUGUGAAAGAACCGCGGUGCAAAGAUUCUGAGGUGCGAUAGACUGCUUUUAAAAGGUGGGCAUAUACCAUGGUAUGUCUGUAGCUGGAGAUAGCGCCCCUGUCAUGUGGAAUUUUGCAGUGCAGUCUGUUCGUUCCCCAGGUCCUGCCCAGAAUGUCGGAUCACAUCUAACUUUGUCAUUCCAAGUGAGUACUGGGUGGAGGAGAAGGAAGAGAAGCAGAAACUCAUUCAGAAAUACAAGGAGGCAAUGAGGUAUGAGCCCUGCAGCCUCGGGCCAAGUUUGACUGCAGACAUUAAGGGCGUACACGGAGAAAAGCACGGUGUUACCUAAAGCCCUCAUACCUCCUUCCUACCCCUUUCUGUGUGUGAAAUGCAUCUUUAUCUAACCGCUGGUAGAUGCAUGCAGACCACACAAGCUACUUGGUCACUCUUUUGCGCCAGACAACCUCACGUGCUCUUCCCUUGUCUACCCAACCACAACCUUGCCUUAAAAUGACAGCACAGGCUAAUACAGAUGUUCUCCUCUGCAUGCACCUACCCAUGCGCACACCCUUUGAGUAUGCACAUCGAUGUAAUCCAUUGUGUACAUGUGUUAAUUGGUUUUAAAUGGCUUUGGCGGCAAGCAAUACCUCUUCUUUUGUUUAAAGAAAAGAAAACAAAAUCACCUGGAUUAUAAAGCAAAUGCAGUACUGAAUUCUGAUUGGCUAUGCUGUGAGUAAGGGUUGCGAUAUUUUCCUUUCCAGCAACAAGCCAUGCAGGUAUUUUGAUGAAGGCCGUGGGAGCUGCCCAUUUGGAGGGAACUGUUUUUACAAACACGCAUAUCCCGAUGGCCGCCGAGAGGAGCCCCAGAGGCAGAAAGUGGGAACUUCGAGUAGAUACAGAGUAAGUCCCACAGCUUUUGAUGAUUCAUGUUUUAAAAAAGAUGUUGAAGGAUGUGUGUCAAGGUGUUCAGCAAAAGCGCAGGAAAAUUAGGACAUCGCCUUCUUUUCACUCACAAAAUGUUGGGGAUCAAAAGGGCAAGGUUGGGGGAGGCAAGAUCAAAUAUAUGCAUAUGAACCUACCUGGUCCCUGAGAUCAUCUUCUGAGGCCCUCCUUUGUGUGCCUCCUCCUCGAGAGGUCCGGAGGGUGGCAACACGAGAACGGGCCUUCUCUGCAGUGGCUUCCCAUCUGUGGAAUGCUCUCCCCAGGGAGAUUCGCCUGGUGCCUUCAUUAUACACAUUUAGGUGCCAGGCAAAAAGAUUCCUUUUUAACCAGGCCUUUGAUCUGAUAGACAUCCAACACCCUUUUAGAAUGUGGCUUUGGGUGGGGGGUGUUAUUGGGUUACUGCUUUUUGUUUGAUUUUAUAUGUUGUGGUCUUGUUGUGAACCACCCUGAGGCCUCUAGGUAUAGGGCGAUGUAUAAGUUGAAAUAAUAAUAAUAAUAAUAAUAAUAAUAAUUAAUGUGUGUGUGCGCACAAAUGCACACUAAUGGAUGCUGCUUUUUCCAAUCUGCAACUUGGGUGCUAUUUUUUAAAAUUGGACUUCUUCCUGAUAUGAUCCCAGCCAAUCAGGCAUCAUUUAGACCACAUAAUGGCAUCACAUAGCCAAUCAGACUUGGCUAUUUGAUAGCCCAAAGCCAAAUUGGAAUAAGGGCCAAUGCUUCCUGCCUUUGCUCUAAAUGAGCAUCCAUGAAAAAUUGUAAAAUGGGGUGGCGAUGAGAGUUGAUGCAGUUUGCAGGGAGAGAGGUUUUUUGUGCAACUUCCUACUGCAAUCUCCUUUUUAACCCUAACCAAAAUACUAUUUCAGAUUUCCUAUGCCCAGGGAGCAGCUUCAACUGAGUUAUUUUAAAGCAGCGGAAAGAAAAUAAUGCAAAACUCCUUCUGAUUUGGGAAGAGAAGGAGUGUGUUGACAUGGUAGUCCUACUGCCUUGAACAUAAUCACACUUGUAUACAGAUAGAGCAGAUCCUUCCUUCCUGAGUUGGAAAUGCUGAGUUGGUUCCUCCAUCAGAAAUAGAUUAUGCAGAUCUGAACUACUGGUGAUCCAUCGAGCCAAAUUGCAGCCAACCUGCUGUGUAUUGUUCACUGUUUUAUUGCUGCCUUUGGAGUGAUGAUAACUAUUAUUAUUAUUAUUAUUAUUAUUAUUAUUAUUAUUAUUGCCUUCUGCUUGGUGGAUCACAGGUUUUGCAGGCCUGUUGCAACUGGUGGCAUUCCUGCGAGUACUUUGUCUAACUGUCCACACUACUUAAACAAUUUCAUGUUGAAGAGGCGCAAGGAAUAUUGUAAAGUGCCCUUUAAUCCUCGGAUGUAUAGAAUUUUAAUGAUCAAUAAUAAUAACAUCCAAUAAGAAAAGAUGGUACAAAGCUGCUCAGUCAAGCUGCCUCACCCUGAGCCAUAUUGUGAGUCUAUCUAACGCCAUUAUUCUCAACACCGACUGCCAGCGUCUCUCCCAUGUUUCGUGCAGGCGUCUUUCCGAGCCAUAUCUGGAGAUGCCAGGGACUGAACUUGGGAGCAUUUGCAAAUAAAGCAUGCACUCUGCCACCGAGCUAUUGCCUUCCCCAUGUCCCUCAGACUGCCAUUGCGUGCUGGCUGGGAUCAGCACAACAGUCUGCCUCUGCGGCUUGCGGGAUCAGUAGCGCUCAGUCGGCAUACCAGGCACCCAAAAUCUCUCUGCCUAGAGGUGCCCUGAAUGUUACCAGUUUUGCCCAGUGUUUGGUAGAGGAACAUGGAACAUAUGAGAGAGAGAGAGAGAGAGAGAUGUGCCUUUGCGCUGCCUUACAAGAUAGAGUAUGGGAAAUGUGAGACACCUGAGAGCAAUCUCUUAUGCUUCACUUGCAGGCCCAACGGAGAAACCGGUUUUGGGAGUUCAUCGAGGACAGGGAGGGCAGCGAUCCCUUUGAGAACGACGAGGACGAGGUGGUGACCUUUGAGCUGGGUGAGAUGCUUCUCAUGCUGUUGGCAGCAGGAGGCGACGAUGACCUGACAGACUCAGAGGACGAAUGGGACUUGUUUCACGAUGAGCUGGAAGACUAUUACGACUUGGCUCUAUAG